AUGACGUCGCCGAAGAGUGUCAAGGUACGCAAGAUGGAGACUUCAACGAGAAGCUGGACGGCGAGAUCGAUCCUGGGCUCGGAAUUUACAGAAGCUCCUCCGCUGCAGGAGGUUUAUGUGGGCGUUUUGAAGCAACGGAAGGACACCUCCACCGCGAUCAAAAGCAUAUCUGCCGCUUUGCCGGGAUUCGGUCAUCUGAAGCGCUGUUCCAACGGAAAACUGCUUCUGGCUCCGCUCCGCUCGGAUGAAUCAUCACGUGAAAAAGGCCACGACAUUUCUCUCAGUGAAAAUCAGCUUAAGACUCAGCUGAAGGAGAGAGGAUUCGAUCUCUCCUUGCUGCAGGAGAAAUUCCAGGUGACGAAGGUGCCAGCCAAGGCGCCAAGAACCAAGUUACAGGCCGGAGAAGGUUCGAAGAUCUGGCCGGUAAACUUUCAUCCUGAUCAGACGAUCGAGAGCCUGAUCGACGGCUCGAUCUUCGAUGAGGAUUGUUUGCACGCGAUCGAGCGGAUCAUGUCGCUGGUAAUAGAGACCGCCAGGUUGAAGGCGGUCGGCGACGACCGCUGCACCGGCGCCGCGGCGAUCGUCGAUCCCGAGGACGGGAGAAUCCUGACGGUGGCCGCCGCGAGACUCGACAGACAUCCCAUGUGGCAUGCCGCCAUGCUGGCGGUGGAUCUCGUUGCCAGACUUCACGGCGGUGGUGCGUGGGAAUUGAACGACGAGGAAUGCGAAGAAACGAGAAGACGAACAGACGCUACCGAUGAGGAAGAUACGUUCGGCGACGGAAGUACAGAUCCGAACGGCACGACUGAAAAUCAGAGCUCGAAGAGGCUGAGACGAAUCAAGAGAAGAUACGAGGAAGAGACACCGCUCUGUUAUCCGAGAUCUCUGUCCUCGCUGCAGUUUCCAGUUCAAACGUCCCUCGAGACGCAAGUCGUGCGGAAAGGGCGAAGGAACAACGGUGCCAAGGUCGAGAGCGCGAAGCAGAAGGAAUGCGAAGAUAACGCGAAGAAAUGCGGGCCGUAUCUCUGCACGGGUUAUUGGGUGUUCCUGCUGAUGGAACCGUGUCCACUCUGCGCGAUGGCAUUGCUGCAUUCCAGAGUCGCGCGAAUCUUUUAUGGCACGGCCAAUCGGAGUGUCGGAGUUCUCGGCUCCAAGGCGAUUUUGCAUAUGGUGCCGGGUUUGAACCAUCGAUACCGGGUCUGGAGCGGAGUCCUGGAACGAGAGUGCCGAAUGGCAGUGGAAGAAAUCAACGCUCGCAGAAGUCGCGAGUCUGAGUGA